AUGUCCGGCCUGGCGAGAGGCACUCAAGCUGUGAAUGAGCUCCAAGUGUUUCUUCGAGCUAUUAGUGAGGCACAGCGGCGCUGGGCGAAACGCAUUGCCGCCCAGGAGGCCAAGGUACGCCGUUUUAUGAUUCUAGAAGACAAUUGUCGGAAGAAACUUCGCAAGAGUGUGCUUCGCUCCACCAACGAGCAGCUGAAAUACCUGGUAAGCACAGAUCCGCUGGGCAGCAUGGAGGUGAAGCUGCCUCCCCGCAGCGCAUUCGGUGCCUUUCACAUUCCUAUGGAGCAGGUGAACGGGUUUUCCGUCUUUGCCAUGGCGCGGCUCCAUGCUUCACCAGCGUCGUUGUCAGGUGCCUCACAGAUGGCCGUCAUCGCUGACCUCCUCGCCGCGUGGGAGAUGCUGCCUCCCUCCAAGAAGGAACAAUUUGAGGCGUAUGUGGAGAGCUUGAAGUGCGGGAACACCAUUGAACAUAGCACCAGCAGCGGUGAUUGCCUGCAGACAUCCGAAGCGUCCCGCAAGAAGGAUGAUAUUGUGGGGGACGGUGAGGGCGGCACCAAGGAUGCUAUUGCGUGGGAAGCCCACGCGUACAGCAACUUCAUCUGCAAGGGCAAACGACAAUUGGAGGCAUCAAUUGGCACCGUUGACGAGCAUGAUUGGCUGGCGAUUGCGCCGAAGGAGUGGGCCAGUCUUACCCUGCGGCAGAAAAGGUGCUACCUGCCGGAAUAA